AUGUUUUCCGUAGCCUCAAAACAAGUCGCUCGUUGCGCUGUACGGCAGCAAUGCCGUGCCUUCAGCUCGACUCCCUCUGUCGGUGCUGCCGCUGAGGUCAAGAAGCUGGGUGUUAUUGGAGCAGGCCAGAUGGGCCUCGGAAUAGCUCUUGUAGCAGCACAGAGGGCCUCAGUACCGGUCCGGCUGAUUGACAACUCCCAAGCAUCAAUCGACAAAGGCCUGAAAUUUGCGGACAAGCUCCUCGAAAAGGAUGUUGGAAAGGGCAGAAUCUCGAAAGAUGACGCCGCAGCGGCAAGAGAGCGAUUGACUUCCAGCACAUCAAUGGACGAUCUGUCAGACGUCGACUUCGUUAUCGAGGCCGUACCAGAGAUCCCAGACCUCAAACACAAGAUCUUUUCGCAACUCGCGCAAAUCUGCCCGUCACACGCUAUCCUAGCUACCAACACCUCGUCCAUAUCGAUCACCAAGAUUGCGGCGAGCACUACCACCGACCCAACAGAUCUCUCGGCUUCAUCACGCGUCAUCAGCACACACUUUAUGAACCCAGUACCCAUCCAGAAGGGCGUGGAGAUCAUCACCGGUCUUCAGACCUCGCAAGCUACCGUCGAAACCGCAAUCGCGUUUUGCGAGAAGAUGGGAAAGAUACCGUCCAAGUCCGCCGACAGCCCCGGUUUCCUUGCAAACCGUAUCCUCAUGCCGUACAUCAACGAGGCUGUCAUUUGCCUUGAGACGGGUGUAGGCGCCAAGGAGGACAUUGACAGCAUCAUGAAGAACGGAACGAAUGUACCCAUGGGUCCACUGCAACUAGCGGACUUCAUCGGCAUCGACACUUGUCUGGCGAUCAUGCAGGUCUUGUACCACGACACGGGAGAUUCCAAGUACAGGCCCGCAGUGCUGCUCAAGAAGAUGGUCGAUGCAGGAUGGCUAGGAAAGAAGAGUGGUAAAGGAUUUUACGAUUACUAG